UCUGCCUGCGGAGUUAGCAGCCCGUUAGAUUACAGCCAUCAUAUUAUGAAUUUGAUAUGAACAUGUAUUUGCUUCUUAAAUGUGGUAUGUGUCCAUGUUUUCAAGUCGUGUAGCCAUAAUCAUUGAAACGGAAACCACGGCGCCUCCCACUUGGCGCAUAAAAACGCCUAUUUCUUGCAUCUCAGAUCGAGUUUAACGUUACUAACGUCCGUUUACAUGCCUAUGCUAUUCUGCUUCGGAUUGUCACAUUUGUUAACUACAUUGCUGAUCAUUCACAGCUUUGUGGAAGGUACCGGUGGCGCUGAUGUUUAGGACGAAGGGUAACAUCAUGCGCAGGACUGAGAUGAGAGAGCGACGGAGCAUAUGAAGAUGUCCCUAAAGACUGCUAAAACAUGGUGCUUUAGACUGAUCGCUAUUGUUCUGUUCUUCGUCUCCUACUACUGCUCCCAUGUCUUCCUCCAGAGCUAUGGAGGCACCAGCAAGUCUCCUCCAACUCCGAGCAAGUCACUGUGUGGUGGCUGGCUAAAGCAGAAGUGGGAGAGCCUCAAUUUUAACAUUAGCAGACAAACACAGCUCUUCUUCAAACUGGAUGAUUUCUUCUGGCGACAUCAUCAGUCCACUCUUGCAUUACCCUACGGUAUUAAAGGCAGUGAGUUGCUGCUGCUGAAGGUUUUGGCCAUUAUUGCCAAUUACAAAAUGCCGGCCAGCAUUGAUAGUCUAGACUGCAGAACGUGUGCAGUCAUAGGAAAUGGUUUUGCCAUUAAAAACAGCUCCUUGGGCGGCAUCAUCAACGAGUACGACGUGGUGAUCCGGCUAAAUGACGCCCCCGUCAGAGGUUAUGAGGAUGACGUGGGGAACAAGACCACUAUGCGUCUCUUCUACCCUGAGUCGGCCUCCUACAACCCCAGCAUGCACAAUGACCCCGACACCCUCAUGGUCCUAGUGCCUUUCAAACAGCAGGACCUCCGCUGGCUCAAGGAGAUCCUGUACGACGAGAAGAGGGUGAGGAAGGGUUUCUGGAAGCCACCUCCACAGAUCUGGCUAGGCAGUACCAGUCGCAUCCGGGUACUGGACCCUCACUUCCUGCAUGGGACGGCCAGCAGUCUGCUACAAAUCCCCCUUCAUCCAAAGAGAAAACAGAAACCAGUACACCCCACCACAGGGAUCCUAGCCGUGUUUGUGGCACUCAACUACUGUGAUGUGGUCCACAUAGCUGGGUUUGGAUAUCCAGCAUCCAAAAACCAGAAGUAUCCUAUACACUACUAUGGAUAUGACACUAUGAAAUCCAUGAAGGAUUCCUACCACGACCUUACCCAUGAAGCAGAAGCCUUAAAACAACUAGAGGAUUCGGGGGCUAUCAUAUCUACACACAAGCCUAGGUGGUAGAGGCCAGCGGGUGUUUUUGGACUGGGUUACACGCAGAUGCCAGUUGUGAACUUGAAUCCCCUCUGCUGGCAAUAUGGUCCAUACAGUCCAAACAUCAUAAUCACACAUUGUGCCAGUCUUAAUUCACCUCACUCUUAUUGAAAAUAAAUACGUAUUUUCAGAAAAAUAUAUAUAUUUAAAAAUAAUAAUUCUUCUGAGUUCUGAUUUUUAUUUUAAUUAACUUUUUAAAAAUUGUCUCUUAAAUGUUACCACUGGAUAUUUUAUUGUAUGUAAUUCAUUUUUAUUAAAAUUAAAUCUAAAUGGAAA